AUGGCUUUCGGGGACAAGCCGUUCCCGGCAGACAGCCAAUUGCUACCUCCGCAUACUACGGUGAAGAAAUACUUGGAUGAGUAUGCAGAGGAGGUGCGAGACUUCAUCCGGUUCGAAACCCAGGUGGAAGAUGUGAGGCGGAAUGGCUCAGCAGCGAACGCCUGGACUCUCUCCACCAAGGACCUGCGGACGGGAGUCAGCAAGACGCUCGAUUAUGAUGCCGUCGUCGUCGCCAGCGGACAUUACGACGUCCCUUACACGCCCGAUAUCGCCGGCAUCAAGGAGUGGAACGAGAUAUAUCCAGGCGUUAUCUCUCACUCCAAGUUCUUCGACUCGCCGGAUGGCUUCCGAGACAAGAAAGUCAUUGUUGUAGGGGGUUCCGCAUCAGGAACCGAUAUCGCUAGCCAGAUCAGUGCAGUGAGCAAAGGUAAACCCCUGGUUUCGCAAAGAUCGGAGUCGUUUCUUGGGCCCUCCAACUCCCCAGACAAGGAGUAUUUCCCCGAGAUAGUGGAGUUUCUGCCGGCAACCAAAUUUACCAGGGCAGUCCGCUUCGCAGAUGGUCGGGUCGAGUCGGAAAUCGAUGCGAUCGUCUUCUGCACUGGCUACCUCUACUCGUUCCCGUUCCUAUCAUCCCUUGACCCUCCGCUUAUUACGGAUGGUCGCAGAACGUUGAAUACCUACCAGCAUUUAUUUUACGCAUACGAUCCCACUCUAGUUCUGCCGGCGCUGCCGCAGAGGGUUAUACCUUUCCCGUUAUCCGAGAACCAAGCUGCUGUUUACGCACGAGUCUGGUCUGGUCGACUGUCACUUCCAUCUCUUACCGAGAUGAAGGAUUGGGAGGAGUCCACCGCGGCACAGAAGGGUAAUGGGACUUCGUUUCAUCUCCUGCACUUCCCACUCGACGCAGACUAUAUGAACUUCCUCUAUGAGUGGGCGGCCCAGGCACUACCUCGCCCUGGUCUUCCAAAUGGUGGCAAUGGGAAAGUAGGCAACUACUGGGGAGAGAAAGAGAAAUGGCUGCGGGAGUUGUUCCCCGAGAUCCGAAGAGAGUUCAUUGCAAAGGGUGAGGCACGAAAACACAUCACAAGCCUUGAGAAGCUUGGCUACGAUUUUGAACAAUGGAAGCAGAACCAGGAGCGAUCCUCUACGAAGUUAUGA